AUGGUCACUGGCGUGUCUUCAAGUACCGUAACUGGAAUGAGGACUUCAGGGCGUUCACCCGUUCACGAAGAAGUCAAAGCCAAGCCUAAACAAGAUUCUUUCCCGUCUCAGUACGAAAGAGAACCAACUGUUACAAUGAAAAUAUUGAUUACUUUUCUCGGUCUAAAUAAAGCGCUGAGAGCGCAGCACGACGCUUCUUUUCCAAAGAAAACAGUAGGAACGUAA